AAAUAUUUUUUAAUAUCAGAAAAAAUUGUUUAAGACAUUAUGAUGUCUCACGAGAAGAGCAACGCAAGCGAGGACGCGGAAAACACCAUAGAUCAAUAUUCAGAAGAUAACGAUAAUAUUAUGAUUAGGAGUACUUUACAGGAUGACAUAUUAAAAAUGUUGUUAAAAGCUCACUUUGAGGGCAAAACUAAAAUGGGACCUGACGUUUUACCUCUGGUUAAACAAUUAGCCAAUUGUUUGAUUAUGGAAUGUUGUCAUCGAGCGGGAAGACUGGCUAUAAAAGAGGGCUGCACUGAGAUCAACGUUGAACAUAUUGAAAAGUGUUUAAAUCAAGUAAUGUUGGAUUUGCCAUAAAUGCUUAUGAAGAUUUUAACAUUUGCAACAUCUAUUAUGAUGCAUAGUAUCUGCCUAUAUGUGUGAAUGCUGUCUACUUUGCCCUGAAUCAAC